UUGAUUUGACCUCGUAGUCCUUUAGCUGUUCAACUUUCAACUUUCACAAUUGAUUGGCGCGUGCAUCCGUGUGAUGUAAAAUAGGUUUUCUUGUACCGUUUUUUUUUUUUUUUUUUUUGCAUUAGCACUGUAUUUCUCGUCAUGCUCGCAGGAGGUGAAAAAGUCUCAUCGGAAUUAGAGCGUGACAUAACUGCACGGUGGGAGGACGUACAUGUAUCAAUAUUUCUUGUGGACACUGUGUCGCUUUCUACCUUUAAUGGGGAAGCCCCCUGCCCCUUCCUUCGACAGCGGCGGUCUCUUCACCGGGACUCACUCGCAAGGUGACGCCGGCUUUGGUGACAGUACACCAGCGGGGAGCGUCUUCACAACAUCGGAGCGAAGACGUGCCGUUCUCGCCGCCCCCCGUUAGUGGAUUUAAAUUGAACGUCAAGGUAGCGAUAUUUCUGCUUUCUGGAGAAAUCUGGUUUGAAAUCGGUUGACUUAUCAACUGUCAAACGCACGAUGAAGUUUGUGCUGCUCGCGUUGUGGUCGCUCCUGACUGCGGAAAAGGUUGCCGUCCAAGCUCAAGAUGACUUUGAGUCACUAGCCGAGUUGGAGGAUUCCUUACUGAGAAACCUCUUCCAGGGUUAUCAGAAGUGGGUUCGGCCUGUGCGGCAUGCCAAUGACACCAUUACUGUGCGCUUUGGACUCAAGAUCUCACAACUGGUGGAUGUGGAUGAAAAGAACCAACUGAUGACUACAAAUGUCUGGCUUUGGAAGGAAUGGGUCGAUGUCAAGCUGAAGUGGAAUCCAGAUGAAUAUGGCGGGAUCACAUCCAUCCGAGUACCUUCAGAGACAAUAUGGCUGCCAGACAUCGUACUGUAUGAAAACGCGGAUGGCCGGUUUGAGGGUUCCCUGAUGACAAAAGCCAUUGUUCGAUGGGAUGGGACGAUAACAUGGACCCCGCCUGCCAGCUACAAGUCCUCUUGCACCAUGGAUGUCACCUACUUUCCCUUCGACCGCCAAAACUGCUCCAUGAAGUUUGGUUCCUGGACUUAUGAUGGAAACAUGGUUGAUUUGAUUCUGGUGGAUCAUUAUGUUGACCGCAAAGACUUUUUUGACAAUGGCGAGUGGGAAAUCCUCAAUGCAACAGGAAUGAAGGGAAGCAGGAGGGACGGGGUGUACUGGUACCCCUUUGUAACUUACUCCUUCAUCCUCAAGAGAUUGCCCUUGUUCUACACCCUCUUCCUCAUCAUCCCGUGCCUCGGUCUGUCCUUUCUUACUGUACUGGUCUUCUAUUUACCAUCAGAUGAAGGAGAGAAACUGUCACUUUCCACAUCUGUGUUGGUGUCACUCACUGUCUUCCUCCUGGUCAUAGAGGAAAUCAUCCCAUCAUCCUCAAAGGUGAUCCCAUUAAUUGGAGAAUACUUGCUCUUUAUUAUGAUCUUUGUCACCUUCUCCAUUAUUGUAACCGUUUUCGUCAUUAAUGUCCAUCACCGCUCCUCUGCAACCUACCACCCCAUGGCUCCCUGGGUGAAGACCCUUUUCCUUCAGAGACUACCCAGGCUGCUGUGUAUGCGGGGGCACACGGACAGAUACCACGACUCGGAUAUUGCCAUAAACAGCCCUGAGCUGAAGCCUUGUAAGGGUAUAGGAAAAAAACGGCCUCCUGGACAGCAGAGAAGGCCCCUGGGAGGGAAGGUGGAGGAGAAUCAAGCCUGGCUUGCCAUGCUGGAGAAAGCCACGCAUUCUGUCCGCUACAUCAGUCAUCACAUCAGAAAAGAGCACUUCAGCCGUGAGGUUGUACAAGACUGGAAGUUUGUGGCUCAGGUGUUGGAUAGGAUUUUCCUGUGGGCCUUCCUCACUGUGUCAAUAUUAGGAACAGUCCUCAUCUUCACACCAGCCUUGCAGAUGUACCUCAGCUCACCAUAAUGAACAUAUACGCACUUGUGACUUUUCUUCUGGAAUUCUUGUUUUUCAGAGUGCAGAGUUAGAAUAAAAUUUACAUUCAUCUUUUUUUUUUUUUUUUGUGAAAGUAAGUUCUAACCCCAAACUUGUAACCCCAUUUAUUAAGUAGCAUGCACAACAUGAUGAGGACAAAUAGCAAUCGGCGGGUAACAGUUGCAUGAAUGGUUUUAAACAGCAAUUUACAUACAGUGUAUAAAUGUCACCGAUGCAAUACUGUAAACCGUAGAACUAAUACCAUUCACCAAUAUAUUGAUUUGCAUCCAACACAGCCUGCUUGGCAAGGCGAUGGCGCUCACUACUCUGUAAUUAUAAAAAUGUUUUUAAUAAAAAGGUGUAACGUCAACACUGAACUGUUCAUUAAAUUGAGAGUUGAUAAUUUGAUGACGUAUUAUGUCUGACUGUAAUGACAUCAAAUGACCACUAAAGGGCAGCAAAUGCAUUUUACUGCAUUAAUGAGCACGUCGGCAAGCUAGCUUUAUUGCCAAUAAAACAUGAACUUCAGAUUUUAUUUGAGU